CCGGUGCACUAUCAGGUACUAUAGCAUCCCUAUUGGACAAAUUGCCCUCCGUGGCUUGGUUGCUAUGAUCAAUGCUAUGAUUGAUAGCAUCUCGGUCCCCACUGGCCAGGUGCUUUUACGUGCUUUUCCAAGGCGAUCCAGCCGAACUUUGCUGGUAAGCAGGUCUUUCUUGCCCUCCGCAACGUAUCUAGAACAGGAAGGCUAGUUUUUUCUUUCCCCGGGUGAAACUGGAUUCUUGCCAAUUUCCCUGAAGGCCCAUAUUUCUCUUCCACUGUUUUUAUUCUCACAGUAUUACGAAGGCUUGUUGCCGAGCUCUACUUUGCUCUCACAGCUAUGCUCUCCAAAGCAGAGUCAGCAUUCGGUUCUGAGACAUAUGCUUCGGCGGAUGCCUCGACGUUACCGACAACGCCUGAUCGAAGUGCAUCGUGUAGUCCUGCACUAGAAGACAGCACAGACGAGCAUGAUGGCGCAUCCAACGGAACUAAGACCACCUCAGAAGCCGACAGCGAUACGGAGAGCAAAGUCCAACCGAAGUCUAUCCGCAGCAUUUGCUGUGUAGGAGCUGGAUAUGUCGGCGGUCCAACGGCUGCCGUCCUGGCGCUCAAGAAUCCAUUGAUAAAGGUGACCGUGGUUGAUCGCGAUGACCGUCGUAUCCGGAGAUGGAACUCGAGACAUCUUCCAAUCUAUGAGCCGGGUCUUGCUGAGGUUGUACGCACCGCACGAGACGGGUUGGGGGAUGCCUCCCAGCUACAACACAUGAGUACGAUGGAGGAUGUUCGAGAGCCCAAUCUUUUCUUCUCAACCGAUGUGUCUCGGUGUAUCAGUGAAGCAGAUGCCGUCUUGAUUGCUGUCAAUACACCCACAAAGAUGCGUGGUACUGGUAAAGGUUGUGCUACCGACAUGACAUCGUUCGAGGCUGUGGCUGGAGAGGUUGUGCGUCAUGCAAGGGAUGGCACCAUCAUUGUUGAGAAGAGCACAGUUCCCUGCAGAACGGCGCAGAUGAUCCAAGAAAUGAUUCGUAUUCAAAGACCAGGUGCUCAUUUUGAGAUCCUUUCGAACCCCGAAUUUUUGGCUGCUGGAACUGCCGUUCAGGAUCUUCUACGUCCAGACCGAAUUAUCAUCGGGUCUGCGACCACACCUGAAGGGCUCUCUGCCGCAGAAGCCCUUGCAAAGGUAUACGCAUCGUGGAUUGAACGUUCAAAAAUCAUCACAACCAAUGUAUGGUCCUCAGAGCUGGCUAAACUGGUCGCCAACUCUAUGCUUGCUCAGCGCCUGAGCAGUAUCAACAGUAUCUCGGCACUUUGUGAGGUGACAGGCGCUGAAAUCAAUGAAGUGUCGGCUGCAAUCGGCGCUGAUACCCGUCUGGGAUCCAAGUUCCUCCGUGCCGGUAUCGGGUUCGGUGGCUCGUGCUUUAAGAAGGAUGUUCUCAGCCUGGUAUAUCUUGCCGAGUCCCUCGGUCUGCAGGAAGUUGGCGAAUACUGGCGCCAGGUUGUCGAGAUGAACGAGUAUCAGCGAAACCGAUUCACGUCACGAGUCAUCAAGCGCUUGAACAGUACUCUUGUUACGAAAAAGAUUUGCGUAUUGGGAUACGCCUUUAAGAAAAACACCUCAGACACACGGGAAGCACCGGCGCUCGAGAUAAUUAAGACUUUGCUGGAUGAAAAUCCCCGUGAAAUUGCAAUCUUUGAUCCCUGCUGUAACCCAGUGGUGAUCGAAAAUGAGAUUCGUUCGUUGCAAGAUUAUGGACCUCCUCUACUGAGCGAUGACGGUGGAUCCAUCAAGGUGUACUCCGAUGCAUACGCGGCUUGCGCUGGCUCAAAUGCCAUUCUCCUCGUCACCGAAUUCGACGAAUUCAUGAACUUCCCUAUCCCCUCAAGUGGUGCAUUCACCCGUGUCAAAUCGCUCGUGGAAACAAAGUCGGCUGACUCCGAGAUCAAUGAGUCGACCAAGCCGCAUUUCAACGACGAGCCGGACUGUGCUGCCAACUGCCCGGACUGCCAAUCGGGCACUGGGUAUGGAGAUUCCAGUGCUGAUACCACCGAUAUCUCCCCGAAACAGCAGCUGGAUUGGAAGCGAAUUUCAUCUGAAAUGCAGUCUCCCAAAUGGCUGUUUGAUGGGCGAUGCGUUAUUGAUGUCCCCAAGAUGGAGUCAUUGGGGAUCCGGGUCGAGGCGAUUGGUUCCACUGGGUGGAGUGUCUAGUAGCAGAGCUUCUAUUGGGUCGCGCCUUUCACUGUUUCAGCUUUUCCGUGAAUACCUCUCGCACCUUAUUUAUGGACAUAUAUGUACUUAUAUUAAGAGAUGGUCCGGUUAUUUAAGGGUGCUGUUUGAUCUCUGUCUUUUCCUGGAUGUCAACUCUGCUACAGUAUAUGCUCUGGAUCGGAUACGACAUAAAGCUAUACGGCGAUAAUUAUCAAGGCUCUAUUUAAGAAUUCUGCUCGCGGAUUUUGCUUUUCUAUUGAAGAUAAGAUAGAGAUCAU